AUGGCCUCGAACUCCUGGAUCCUGGGAUCCCCACUCGGUUUUGAGUACCGUGGGCAUGUCCCCAACACGGUGUUUUCCUUUGGCGACACCUACGGGAACACCACUCUGAAAUACUUCCAGGAUUUCCGCAAUGCUGCCAUGGAGACCAGCCGCUGCCCCUACAGCAAAGGCGGCCAGUUCCCCACCCUCUUCUCGCCCGACCCUGGCUUAGUGCUGGGGUGCAGGGCGCGGGGCUGGGACAGGUGGCUGCACGCCCCUUCCUAUUCCCGCUUCAACUUGGAUUUCAACCGCUCCGAAGAGCUGAAGGAGUUUUACAAGCUCUCCCAGAGGCACCGCGAGCAUUACCGCGACAAGACCGGGACAGAGCAUGUGGUUCCCUACUUUGUGCUGCCGGUCAAGGAGAAGGACAAGUACCCCCACCCUCUUGAUCUCCCGCCUCUGAGCGCGAAGACCCAAUGGCAUUUAUUCCGCGUGUCUCCGGAGAAUCUGCGGACGUACCAAACCUUCCCCUCAGGGAAGAGGGUGACCGCCCAGGAGAGAGAAGUCAGAGACAGCUAUUUUGAGUACAGAGCAUGAGGAGAGAGGUUCCCCUUCCACCCCUGGUUCCUAGAUGAGGAAGGAGCGGUGAGAAAUAAAACACUGGGAGUUAGCGACCCCCUGGAUUCUCUCUCCAGGCUGCGGCUGUUUCUAAACAGGGCAGCUCUUCCGUUACCCACCUGCAGUGCAAGGAGCGGCUAGGCACGUGGCUGCAAUAAGUCACAGACCACGUGCCUGCCACGGUAGAUGUACAUUUUACACAGAGAUAAAGGACAGGUGGGGUGUGCACUGAACGCAACAGAUUCAGCAGCUGUCGGUGAGAAUGUAGAGGCUCAGCUCUGGCCGGCACAGCCUUUUAUUGUCCUCC